AAAAUGAUAAUAAAUCAUUAUCGAUUAUAAUAAAUAAUCACGAUAUAAACAAUGAUCUUACAAAUUGGUCAAUAACGAGAAAACGUAUUAUGCUAUUUGUGAUUUCUUUUGCUGCAAUGACUUCUCCAAUAUCUAGUUCUAUUUUGUAUCCUAUAUUAUUAAAAUUGCGUACAGAAUUUAAUGUGUCUGAUAUUGAAGUUAACGCAUUAGGUAACGAAAAUUCCGAAUUACAUGAAAUUUUCUUCAGUUUAUGUGUAUGUUAUGGGAAUUGCGGCCGUGGUUUACAAUCAUUUGGCUCUUCUGCUAUGUUAUCAAUAGGAGCUGGUGUUAUUAGUGAUGUUUACAAUGCUCUCGAACGCGGAACUGCAUAUGGAUUUUUUUAUAUGGCUUAUUGGACCGGUCAAUUACUUGGUCCUAUGAUGGGAAGCUACUUUGCUGAGUAUACUAGUUGGAGAUGGAUUUUUUGGUUUUUAACAAUUUUGGGCGGAGUAAAUUUAUUACUUGUGAUAAUCUUUGUCCCUGAAACAUCCAAUCUUCCAAAACCCACACCUGACGAUUCUAGUGAGAAUGCUCAAUCAAGAUAUCGAUUUAAUCCACUUGCACCGCUUAAAUUGUUACGUCAUCCAAGCGGAACUUUGAUGAUCAUUUACAUUUGCAUUAUGUCAUCAAUAACUCAACUUCAAUUUAUUAGUGUACCUGUCAACUUCGCCACCAGAUAUCAUCUAACUUCAUCACAAAUCGGUUCAUUAUUCUUUGUAUCUGGUUUUGGAUUCAUGAUUGGCAGUUAUAUUGGUGGUAAAUCUUCAGAUAUUGUGAUGAGACGAGCAAACAAGAAAAAUGGGACUGCUCAUCCAGAAGCGAGAAUUCAUAGUGUUUGGAUUAGUGCUGUAUUAUUACCAACUUGUUGUUUGAUUUAUGGUUGGUUGGUUGAAAAAGAAGUACAUAUGGCUGGUCCAUCGAUUGCUUGGUUUUUUAUGUCAUUAACCACUCAAGUAAUUUAUAAUUCAAUGUCAACCUAUUUGGUUGACGUUUUCUCAAGUCAAAGUGCAUCAAUAAUAGCAUUAAGCAAUUGUAUACGCAUGAUGGCAGCUGGCACUUUAUCGAUUUUAGCAUCUCCAAUGGAAAAUAAAUUGGGAACUGGAUGGACGUUUACUCUCUUAGGUGGAAUGUGUUUUGCCGGUAUUUUAAUAUUAGUGUUGGUUUACAUUAAAGGAAGAAGUUGGCGAGAACGAUUUAAAUUUUAA